CUCGCAGCCGGCACCUCUAUGAUCCCUGGACUUGCACAGGUCCCUGGGCCCGGCAGGGCACAAGUAAAAGCUGCAUCCAGACACAAGGAGUUCACUGGCGCCCGUUCCUGGAAGCCGGGCCUGAGACUGGGAGAAGCUACCAGCUCCUCAGAAUCUUCAGCCUCAACCCUACUGAGACAUCCCGGGUCCGGGUUGGAGUCUAGUCUGGGCAGGCUGACACUGUUGGCCACUGAGACCUGAAAGAUGGCAUCUGGACAAGGCCCAGGUCCUCCCAAGGAGGGAUUGGAAGAGCCUUCCUCAGACUCCACUUCUGAGCAGCAGGUAGUCCAGGACACGGAGGAGGUUUUCCGCAGCUACGUUUUUUACCGCCACCAGCAGGAACAGGAGGCUCAGGGGGCAGCUGCUCCUGCUGACCCAGAGUUGGUGUCCUUGCCACAAGAACCUAACAGCACCAUGGGGCAGGUGGGCCGGCGGCUUGCCAUCAUUGGGGAUGAUAUUAACCGGCGCUAUGACACCGAGUUCCAGACCAUGCUGCAGCAGCUACGGCCCACAGCUGAGAAUGCCUCUGAGCUCUUCACCAAGAUUGCCUCCAGUCUGUUUGACAGUGGCAUCAGCUGGGGCCGUGUGGUGGCUCUCUUGAGCUUUGGCUAUCGCCUGGCUGUGCAUGUCUACCAGCGUGGCCUGACUGGCUUCUUGGGUCAGGUGACCUAUUUUGUGAUUGACGUCAUGCUGCGGCACUACAUUACCCGGUGGAUCGCACAGAGAGGAGGUUGGGUGGCAGCCCUGGAAUUGGGCAACGGCCCCAUCCGGAAUGUGGUGAUAGUUCUGGCUGUGGUUCUGUUGGGCCAGUUUGUGGUACGAAGAUUCUUCAAGUCAUGACUCCUAGGAGGGGCCCUUUGGGGCCCCAUUGGAGACCCCCACCUUGGGCUUCAGCCAAAACAUCCCACCCCCCUUUUCCCUGCAGUGCUCUUCUUCUUCCCAUCCUCCUCCCCUCUUCCCCCUGCUGCCCUAGGAUUACAGAGCUUUAGCAAACAGUCACUCCAGUUUGGGAGGGCCCCUGCCCCAGGCUCAUCCAGGCUGCACAGAGGCCCCAACAUUGCAUGGUGCUAAUGGGCCCCCUCUCUAGGCCCCAUCCUGUCAGAGGGGGGCUGUAGUCUCCUCCCUGAGCUUUCUGGGACCCCCUUAACUCAGUCUGCUGGGUACUGGGGAAACUAAUAUCUUGGGGAGGCAAGAGCUGGGGACCUCAUCUUCCCAGGAAGGUUUUAAUUGUUUUAGCUUUUUAUAAUACCCUUGGGAGAUGCCCCCCUCCCUUUCCCACCACUCUGCCCAAAGUCAGCACAUCAAGGACGUGGGGCUCAGGGGGUUGACCUUAUAUUCCCCAGGACUCAACUAUUCGGGAAAGUCAGAGCCUGAGAGGUGGGACUGGAGCCCAGUCCUGGCCCUACCUAAACAUGGCUCCUUGAAGCAGGCCUGGCUGGAGUAGAGGGCUAAAGUCCUGCUCAGAUCUCCCCCUUCUCUCACUCCGCCACCCCAUAUUGCCUUUGUGGUUGUAUUCUCAGGGAUUCUGGGCCUGGAUGGGGGUAGGGGUGGCAGUACAGACCAGAGCUGUCUGAACGAAUUCAUAAGGACCUCCAAGCCUAUCCCCACCACACACAUCCUCUCAGUUCUCACCCUUCCUUCACCUAAUACCCACUACUCCCAACUCAGUCACUGUAGGUGAAGCCCCUGGGUGAGCAGGCUGGCUGAGACCCCUCCACGUGGAUUGCAGGGCCUUGGACUUGAUUUGUCAUUGCAGAGGAAAGGAGUAAGGGGCUCACCUGAAGGUGUCUGAGAGGGAGAGGGGCUAUACCACCAAGAAAGAUCCCAAAGUUGGGACUCUUCCCCCAUGGCCUGGGCACAGUGUAAUUCCAGAGAACUGUGAAUACUUGAACUCCACUCCACCCCCCCACCCCACCUUUCAUGCUCCUGCCUGCCUAGGCCCUCCAGGGAGUGGGGUGGGGCACCUUCUCUAUCUUGCACAGCCUAGGGGGUUGGGAGUAUGGAGAGGGAAGUUCUUAAUUAAGCCAGAUGCUGGGAGGGGAUGCAGAUGGAGGUUGCAGGCCACCCACACCUCCAUCCUCUGUGUUUGGAAAUAAACUGCAAUCCCUCCCACCCUGGCCUGGUGU